AUUUUUAUGUAAACCUCAACUAAAUUACAAUUAAAUUCUACAAGCACUAUUCUUAUUAAGUUUACCGAUACUAUUGCCGCCACUCUAUGUCUGUUACUCUCACUACUUUCUCACUACUGUCUCCCUUACCACUACUACGUCUACAACUUAUUGCUGCUGCUACUACUACCUAUUACCUCUACUAUUACUAUAGCUACAUCUACUUCCGGUAGUGUCGCUACUCUACCCUCGACUUAUACUGACUAUAUAAACCGGUAACAUGAAGAAAUCAAUGGAUGUUAAGAAACACAAGCUAGAAGAGAAUGAGAAGAUGUCUCUGUUCUAUGCUGAAGAAGAAGAAGUUGACAAUCGAGAUGCACACCAGGAUCUAACAUUAUACAAACAGUCUUGUUCGGAGAUUCUGAAGUUGAUUCAAGUUAUAAAAGAGUUGAAAACAAGUAAAUCAAAAGAAGCGGCUGCUGAAAUUGAGGAAUAUAAGAGUAAUGCUGUCUUGCAGUUUGUUCUUUUGAAGAAAUUGAACAGACUUGCACACAUACGCUGCAAGAAAGUUCGGGAAUCCACAAAUGAGGACAAAUUGCGAAUUGACCGUUAUCACUUACAGCUGCAGAAUCUUCUCUAUGAAGCUUUACAUUUACAGAAGGAAAUUACAAAGUGCCUAGAAUUUAAAUCUAAAGAUGAAGAAGUAGAAUUGGUUCCUAUUGAAGAAUUCUAUGAAAAUGCACCAGAAGAGAUUUCAAAACCUAAAAUCACACACAACGAUUCUCACCAACAAACCCUUGCACGUUUGGAUUGGGAGUUGGAACAAAGGAAAGAGUUAUCUGGUGAGCUGAAAAAAUCUCAAGAAAAAAGGGAAAAACUUCUAAAAGAGAUAACUGAGAGUAAAGACUAUCUUGAUAGCAUGCAACCAAAACUGAAUUCCAUUCUUCAGGCUACAAAACCAGUCCAGGAAUAUCUCAACAUGCCAUUUGAUGAAAUUCGACAAAAACAUCGAGCUGCACGCCAUCUUCCACAACCAUUAUAUGUCUUAUUCAUGCAAGCUAGUUCCUAUCAAGAAGCUUGUGAUCCUGACUUGGUGGUUAGCUUGGAAGGGGACCACGAAGCUGCGAGGUCACUUGACAUGGAAACUGUCCUUGAAGAAUUUGAUUCUGACAGUGAUAAUGAUGAUCAAGAUAAGCACAGUUCUAAACACAGACGGAAAACUACUGAAUCUCGUAAAUCUGACCGCAAACUUCAAGUUCUUCGUAAACAUCCCCUUUCAGUGAUACUUGUGAUUGGUUGCAGUGAUAGCAGCUCAGUCCACCUGACAUUUAAUUAUCUUCUGAUGCUGAAUAUCAUCACUGUAAAUGUCAUGGUUCAGCCAGGACCUCAGGCGCCCACAACUUCAAUAUGCGGAGGAGAUUUGUUAUCACCAGAUAAGUUUUUAGCUUACCUGUAUCCUGAGGAUCAUGGUUGUGACACUCCUAAUCCUGCAAACCAAUAUGUCCUGAAACGAUUUGGUCUUGGUGACUUUUCAAGCCACAUCAGCAUUACAGGUCGUCCUUACCUGUGGGCCCAGUGGAUUGCAGGGCUCCAGUUUCUGAGUAACGAUGUAAAAUCUGGCAGUUCUUUGAGCUCAAGUCACAUGCAAAACACUAUUGAGCUGCUACGACGACGCAUCCAGGCGAGACUUUCUCUUCUGAAACAACUUGUAUCCCUUGGUUUGUAUCAUUUUCGUUUUUAUUCAGCUUUUUUUUUUUUCCACUAUAGUGUUAAUUUUUAUUUUCAGAACUUACCAUAUUGUCAGAGUCUUGUGAAAGAAGGCUUUGCUCAUGAAUCUGACAUGUUCUUCACUGCGGUUCUAGAAAGAAGUUCUGCCAAGCUUAUCUGCCAGGUUGUUGUACCACCCAAUUAUCCCGUUAUUGUUCCUAUGUUUUCACUUUGUGUACAAUGGCACACUGUAAGAACAGCUCUAAAUGAUUAUCACGUACAGGAAAUGGAAAGUGAAGUGAAUGUUCAUUAUGAAGAAUUAAUACUGCAGCAAUCUCGGGACCAAAUACUUUCAAACCAACUGCAGCGAUUAACCAUGUGCUUUGAUGUCUAUCUGGAAACAGAAGCUAAAAACAUGGCUAGAGAAGGCCCUGUGGAAAUAUCAAGAGAGAAGAUUUAUCCACGUCUUGCAAGGGGUCCAAAUCGGAAUAAACCUUUUAAAUAUGAUUCUCAACUUGGAAUUUUCACUCACAGAUAAAAGUUUUUUUUUUUUUU